UCGGGCGCGUGAAGAUUGGAUUGAUUCUAGCUAGUGGUUUUGAUACCCCAUUGGGUGUGUGUAGCAUUUAGUGGUGCAGUAGCAGGUCCAACCCGUGUUAUUUAGCCCAGUUAAGUUGUAUUUAGUAACGUGCAGACGGGUUAUAGAUCCGGUUAUUUGAGCUGAUACCAUUUUGAAGGAUCGUAGGGAAGAGUAUUUUUGUGUUGGUACCAGUUAGUUGUGUAACAUUGGUUGGGAUUAAUUCCAUACAAGUUGGUGGCAAGUAAGAUAAAUCGACUUGGUGCUAAUUGGAUGGGUGAUAAGUGAGGUGAUCGGAUUAAUCACAUAUUGGUUGGUAAUAGAAUUAAACCUAGUUAGCUGGGUGAUAAGCUUCAGUGCUUAUGAUCCUAGUUAGUUGGGUGAUUGCUAUGUUGGAUAGUUAGGUUGGUCACGUUGAUCACAGGUAAGUGUUGUAUUGCAAAAUAUGUGGGUAGCAUGGCGUAUUCUAUUAUAUUCCCCUUAAUUUGAUUGGGGAAGCUUUUGUCCAGGUAACGUACAUUUCACUUUGUGGGUCAGCACAACCUUAGACACCAUUUAGGGGUACUGGUGUCUUUUUACUCAGUGUUAAGCACUGAUUAUAGUACUUUCCACUGGUUACAAGGUGUAUUUGUUAAGCUAUAUCUAGUCUUGGCUAGUAAGGGGCAAAGACUCGUCAGUGUUAUUUAUCCAACAUUAGUAACCAAUGUUAUUUCUGGUCAGACGUGAUGGCUUUAGAGAAUGUGGCGUUUAGGUUAGUUUAAGGUUACCUUAAGAGGCAUAUCCAGGUUAAGUGCGUUUUUACAUUAAUUUAAUAGUCUCUCGCCCUUGCUAGCACGUUUGCUAGUUAAUGGUAAUUAUCCUUCAUUUGUAGAAGAAAUUUGGCAGUAUUAAUUAGAUUAUCUAGGUUUUUGGAUACGAUAUUUAUUACUCAUUGAUGACAUUAGGAUUUCUAGGCUAUUUAUCCUUCUAGUUGGCUGUGCCGUUUGUCUAUUAGAUGUAGUUGAUGAUUUGCGGAGUUUGUUCGAAUUUGUGUAUUUAUUACGCAUUAGGUCAGUGUUAAGCACUGGGUUCUGUGCAGGGUGGGGUGAAUAUUAGUCUCUGGGGUCCCUUGCGCUGUAUGCGAGAAGCUCGCAGAAUCAGCACCAUCAGGCCUGGACAGCGCCUAAUGGAGUUUCCUAUUAGUUUGCUGUCAGAUCUCCCUGCAACCUCUCCAGCCUCGGCAGAACUGUGCCGGGGAGAGCUGGAGCUGGAUGAGGAGCUGGUGCUGCUCGCCGCAGAGGGAGAGGAGUAUUCGGGGGAGAGCGAUGCUGUCGAGUCGGGGGAGGAGCCCGAGUUGCUUUCUGUCAUCAGACAGAAGGAGAAGAAUCUGGUGCUGGCAGCCAGGAUGGGGAAGGCUCUGCUGGAGAGGAACCAGGACAUGAGCCGACGCUAUGAGGAAAUGCAGAGGGAGCUGACCGAGAGGCUAGAGCACUUGGAGCAAGAGAAACAUGAAUUAAAAUGGAGAUUUGAGAAUCGUGAAGGGGAAUGGGAAGGAAGAGUAUCAGAACUGGAAAGUGAUGUGAAACAGCUGCAGGAAAUGCUGGAAAAGCAACAAUUGCACUUACGAGAAGUCGAACGAGAGAAAUCUACUGCUGUUCAGGAACUAUCUGAGCAAAAUCAAAGACUCUUAGAGCAGCUGAGUAGGGCUACAGAGAUGGAAAGACAGCUUUCGCUUCAGGUGAAUGUACUUCAGGAGGGAAUACGGGAAAAAAGCCAGUCUACAGGCCAGCACAUUACACAGCUAGAAAGUCUUUUGGCCGAGAUAAAGAUGCUUUCUGAUCGAAACCGUGAACUAGAGCAGCAGCUGAGCACUAUUAUGGAGGAAAAUCAGAAGCUUCAGGGAAUUGUAGAGGAAUUGCAUGACCGAGAAUUAAUGCUGAGCCAACAGGGCAGUGAAAAAGACCUUCAGUUAGGGGAGAGUAAUCUGGAGUUAGAAGAACUAAGACAUUCUUAUCGGCAGCUUCAGGUGAAAAUGGAGGAGCUAAGAGAGGAAAAGAGUCUCCUUCAUUUAAACAGCACAAGCACCUCACUGUUGACAGAAAUCGAGCAGAGCAUCGAGGCAGAAGAGCAGGAACAGGAAAGAGAGCAGUUGAGAUUGCAGCUCUGGGAAGCUCACUGCCAAGUACGAUCUCUCUGCUGCCAACUCAGAGGGAAUGAUAGUGCCGACUCUGCCGUUUCCACUGACUCCUCUAUGGAUGAGUCUUCAGAAACCUCAUCUGCCAAAGACAUACCAGCAGGCAGCCUACGUACAGCGCUGAGCGAGUUGAAAAGCCUUAUCCUAAGCAUCUUGGACACUUGUGAAUCUACGACCUCAAGGAAAUGUGAAGAUGAUGGCCUAGAAGAGCAGAUUAGAAGGACUAGUGAGGACUCCAAAGCUCUACGGGAGCUUUUACAAGGAGAACAGGUCAGAAUGAAGCAAAACUUUGAGGAACUUCAGAAGCUACACAGACAGGUUACAUUAUUAAGCGUUGAAAUGACGGCACUUAAAGAAGAGAGAGACCGUCUUCUGGCACUGAACCAAAACGAUGAAACAAAGGAGCAGUUGAUCAAGGCCAUCAAGGACCGUGAUGAGGCUUUAGAAAAGAAAAAUGCUGUGGAACAGGAGCUGGCGAAAUGUAGGAUAGAUCUAAUGUCUCUGAACACUCAGCUGGUAGAUGCUAUUCAGCAAAAACUAAAUUUGUCCCAGCAGUUGGAGGCAUGGCAGGAUGACAUGCACCAAGUCAUUGACCAGCAACUGAUGGACAAACACCAGAAGGAAUGGAACCAGAUUGUAUAUUCCUUCUCCAGCAACCACCAAAUAAAACAUUGUGGCAAAGUUAGCACUCUGAACCGUUCAGAGCGGGUUGGAGAGGAGAACAUUGGGGCAGAAGGGAGGAGUCUCUUCUCAUUUCUAAAGAAAACUAAAUGUUAGUGUUCAUUGUUAAAUAACACUUUGAUAUUUGAUGGAUGACAACUGUAAGCUAUAUUGUUACAAGUGAUGUUCACUGAAAAAAGGAAUAGGACAGUGAUUUUGUAAUGAAGAUAUAAAGCCCCUGACAGGGAAGGUUCAGACUCCUGAAAGACAGAACUGGAUAUUUGUUCUGUUCAGUCCUAUGACUAUAUUCAGAUGUACUUUAUUUAUUGUUACAGCAUAAGAGGCUUAGCAAGUGGUUUGUUUUACACUCCACAGCUUCCCUUAUUUACUUCCUUUAAUGUAAAACAGCAAGAGAAAUGUAGAGAAGUCCUGAGCUGCUCUAUUUACAGGACAGACUCCCUACCUCUUGUCUUCCAGGCAGAGCAUAGCACAGAGGAACCAUCUUGCUGUUCCUUACAGCUCAUGUACUGAGAAAUGCUCCAUGUACAUAGCAGAAUUUUUAUAUUGAACAGUAUUGCAUACAGUUGUUUUAUAAUAUAUAUAUAAAGUGUCAUAUUUUAGUAAAAAAUCUUUUUAUUGUAAAUCAAAUAAAAAUAUUUCUAUGAUUUU